GUUAAGCCCUGAAAAAAAUGCAUGUGUAACCAGGCAGUUUUUCCAUCAACUUCUGAGACCAAUGUAUGCUGAUGGGGACAAAGGCUGUUAUGAUGGUGAUCUUUCUGGAGGCACUCUGUGGUCUUUUCCAGCAUGGCUCAGUAGAUAUCAGUGGUAAGAAGGUUUCUGAUAAAGAAAAGGUUGAUCAGCUCCAAGAAGAAUUAUUACGUACACAGUUGAAAUAUCAACGGAUGCUUGAGCGUUUAGAGAAGGAGAAUAAAGAGCUGAGGAAGAUUGUCUUGCAGAAAGAUGAGAAAGGCAUUCAUCAGAGGAAGCUAAAGAAAUCUUUGAUUGACAUGUACUCUGAAGUUCUGGAUACGCUGUCAGAUUACGAUGCUAGCUACAAUACCCAUGACCACCUGCCUCGGGUGGUUGUGGUUGGAGACCAGAGUGCUGGCAAAACCAGUGUGCUGGAAAUGAUAGCUCAAGCCCGGAUCUUCCCUCGAGGCUCAGGAGAAAUGAUGACACGCUCACCUGUUAAGGUCACUCUCAGCGAAGGUCCUCACCACGUGGCUGUGUUCAAGGAUAGUUCUCGAGAAUUUGAUUUGACCAAGGAGGAAGACCUGGCAGCCUUGAGAAAUGAGAUUGAGAUCAGGAUGAAGAAGAGCGUGAGCAGCGGCUGCACGGUCAGCUCGGAGACGAUAUCACUCAGCGUUAAAGGUCCUGGCCUGCAGAGGAUGGUGCUGGUGGAUUUGCCCGGGGUCAUCAGUACGGUGACCUCAGGGAUGGCUCCAAACACAAAAGACACCAUCUUCAGCAUCAGCAAAGCCUACAUGCAGAAUCCCAAUGCCAUCAUCCUGUGCAUUCAAGACGGGUCUGUAGAUGCGGAACGCAGCAUUGUCACCGACCUGGUCAGCCAAAUGGACCCUCAGGGCAGGAGGACCAUCUUUGUUUUAACCAAAGUGGAUCUUGCGGAGAAAAAUGUGACCAGUCCAAGCAGGAUUCAGCAAAUCAUCGAAGGCAAACUCUUCCCAAUGAAGGCUCUGGGGUAUUUUGCUGUGGUUACCGGAAAAGGAAACAGCUGUGAAAGCAUUGAAUCUAUUAGAGACUAUGAAGAGGACUUUUUCCAAAACUCCAAACUAUUGAAGAAUUGCAUGCUGAAACCCCACCAGGUGACCACGCGCAACCUCAGCCUUGCUGUGUCAGACUGUUUUUGGAAAAUGGUGCGUGAAUCCGUGGAGCAGCAGGCGGAUGCUUUCAAAGCAACCCGCUUUAAUUUGGAAACAGAGUGGAAGAAUAACUACCCCCGCUUGCGAGAGCUGGACCGGAAUGAGCUGUUUGAAAAAGCCAAGAACGAAAUCCUUGAUGAAGUCAUAAGUUUGAGCCAGGUGACCCCUAAGCACUGGGAGGAAAUUCUUCAGAAGUCUUUAUGGGACAGAGUUUCGACACACGUGAUAGAAAACAUCUACCUUCCAGCGGCGCAGUCUCUGAAUGCUGGGACUUUCAACACCACCGUAGACAUCAGGCUGAAGCAGUGGACUGACAAGCAGCUGCCCAACAAAGCUGUAGAGGUGGCCUGGGAGACCCUCCAGGAGGAGUUUUCUCGCUUCAUGACUGAGCAGAAGGGCAAGGAGCAUGACGACAUCUUCGACAAACUGAAGCAGGCCGUAAAGGAGGAGAGCAUCAAGCGGCACAAGUGGAACGAGCGGGCGGAAGACAGCCUGAGGGUGAUCCAGCACAACGCCUUGGAAGACCGGUCCAUCUCCGACAAGCAGCAGUGGGACGCCGCCAUUCAGUUCAUGGAGGAGACCCUCCAGAGUCGCCUGAAAGACACGGAGUCAGUUAUUGAAGACAUGGUGGGUCCGGAUUGGAAAAAAAGGUGGCUGUACUGGGUGAAGCGCUCCAAAGAGCAGACAAUCCGCAAUGAAACAAAGAAUGAACUUGAGAAGAUGAUAAGAUGCAAUGAAGAACACCCAGCUUACCUUGCGAACGAUGAGGUCACCACCGUCCGAAAGAACCUUGAAGCCCGUGGGGUAGCCGUUGAUCCCUGCUUGAUCAAAGAUACCUGGCACCAGGUUUAUAGACAGCAUUUCCUGAAGAAAGCCUUGAGCCAUUGCAAUCUCUGCCGGAGAGGCUUUUACUACUACCAAAGGCAUUUUGUGGACUCGGAGCUGGAGUGCAACGAUGUGGUGCUCUUCUGGCGGAUCCAGCGGAUGCUGGCCAUCACCGCCAACACCCUGAGGCAGCAGCUCGCCAACACCGAAGUGAGGCGCCUGGAGAAGAACGUCAAGGAAGUGCUGGAGGACUUUGCAGAAGACUGUGGGAAGAAGAUGACGUUGCUAACAGGGAAGCGAGUGCAGCUUGCUGAGGACCUCAAAAAAGUUCGGGAGAUCCAGGAGAAGCUUGAAGUCUUCAUUGAAGCCCUCCAUCAAGAGGAGAAGUAACGGGUUCGCCCAGUUCUAUGGAAAGAGAAGGCCCUGCUCUGGAGUACAUGGUGAUCAUCUCUCCACUGAACUUUUUGGAGUCUCCCAGAAUGUUGCAAAAGGGAAUGCUGCACUUAGAGGGAGACGGAUGGAUGCUAACGGAUGCGCUUCAGAAUGAGAAGCAAACCAAGAAGACAACUGAAACCUGGACUUCAUCGCAUCCUUGAAGUGACAGCUGGUGGGGUGGUAUCCAGAUUGUGCAAUUCUCCUCUCCCUUUUUUUAUUUUGAAGAUGGGAUAAACAGAAGUGAGGAAUUUUCGGCCUGAGAUGAUCUUCUCUCUCGUCUCCUCCAUUAUGUGUGAGACCCGAGGAGCUUAAAAUAAAAUUUUGGCAUCUGUAUGUAUAUCAAUAUCACCUUUUAAUGAAUAUUUUGCUUGUACAUGCAGUAUGUUGAGAUGUCCCCCAAGUGACUUUGCUUGCAAAUGUUCUGUUGAGAGACCAGGCGGGUAUAGCAAAGUAAUUCCAGGCUUGGCUGAAGCACUUGAGAGGACUUGACAGGGACAGCAGCCCCUGUGUGUUUCCCGCUGAUUUGCAGAUGGACGUUCCUGAUGCCUUUUGUGGAAACCUUGCCCGCAGCACCGCCUCAUUCACCAUUCACUUUGCUGCCAUUUUCUCAGGUGGAGCAGGGAGCCCUUUGGCCACCCACAUCUCAUUUCCAUGUUUCGUGGUCCCCGGUAGAAUUUCAUUCUGAUUUUGUGUUGAAAGAACAGCGUGCCCAGGCGGUAGCAGAUGAAUGAUGAUGCCAUGGCAGUUUGAGAUGAUAAGCAACUCUGGGAGAACUUUCGGGAGUUCUGUUUCCUGACUAAUCUUAAGGAAACAAUCCAGUUUAUCAGACCUCGCCCAGUUUGCGUUCUGCCCCUUUGUUCUGAGGCUGCAGUGAGUUCCCAAAUGAAAGGUCAGUUCUUUGGCUCCCCGGUCCCAGGCCUCUGCAAAUCAUCACAUUUGCCCUGUCGCAAAACACCACCACGGGUCACCUCUUUGUAGCUAUUGGUGGGCUGGAGAGGCUUAGGGAGCAAGUGGCUCCAGAGGGGCUCCUGCACUUCUUGAAAGGCCCGGCGUGGAUCGCAGCAGCAGCCUAUUGCACUGACCCUGAGUGAGGAACUUGCUUUUGCCAGUCCCCUUGUCCCCUUAUUUUUCGGGCUUGCAAAUUCUUUUGGUUUUCCUUUUCUAAGGAAAGGCAAAAGCUAAGCAUCCUUUUCUCCCUCCUGCAUGCCUCUUCAUGGGAGGCUGCUCCUCGAGGUCCUGCCAGGGGGCAAUGCUGCUGCCCCUCCAGCGCUUGCCUUAGAUUUCCUUGAUUGCGCCCCUCACUUAGGCCUGCUGAGACCAGAAACACGUUGAUUGACAGGGAGCUCGGCUGGGCUUCCGCUCUCCAUGUUGCAAAAACGCAGGGGCGUUCUGCGGGUGCCGAUGCUCUCUAUCUUCAGCCUUUGAAAAUACGAAAGAGGAGAAGUCUGUUCUUUUAAGAACCAAGCGAAGAAGAGGUGGGGUGCAGAAUGGUCCAGCGGCCGAAGCUGUUUGCAUUGGCGAGGGGGAGGGAGCUCUGCCGAAGGCCGCCUUGUAGGGACCACCCAGCACCCCCUUUUUAUGGCAUGUUGAUCUUUUUAAUUUGCGCCAUCGGAUACACUUUGAUUAUAACCUCUGCUGCUGUUCUGUGUCUUCAGACGAUGUCCCUCUGAAAGUUAUUUAUUGAAUGCAGGUGUCAUGGAAGAAAAAUAAAUGCAGGUUUUGAGCAUUUAA